AAGUUCACUUUGUUCUCUUUUCUUCUUCUAAUACAUACAUACAUACAUUUGUCUCGUGUACCGUUUUUGCUUUCGCGAGCGUAUUUAUUGCUCUUUCCUUUUUGCUCGACGGUCAAUCGCUUGCGUCACAUUCGUCAUUUGAAGUCUCUUCUCCACGUUUUGUUAUUGUGCUUUUGGUGUUUUCUUUUUGGCGUGCAGUAGAUAAACAUGAUUAGACAGACUGGUUGUCUUACUCCUUGCAAAUUUUAGACCUACUCGAUACAUUGGCACUCAACGACGGACCCAUAUUGCAGAGCUUUCGCCGAAGUGCUGUGGAUGAAUUUGGCAGUGAAUUAAACGAGACGGAGGAACAAGUUGACAUCAAUAAGAUGCCAGUGGAAUUACUGAGACGCGCCAGCGAGACUGCAACGAAUAGCAUCAUGGAUAUGGAGCCCGAAAAUGAGCACCUGCUGAGUGAGAAGCAAUCAAAGCAAAAGGAGGAUGGCCAAAAGCGACCGUCGCCUCCGCCACGUGCUAAUCCAAUGGGCAAGGGACAAAAGCAACCAGGAAAUGGCAAGCGCAACCAGCAACAGCAGCAACAACAGCAACAACAACAAUUGCCGGCGAACAAUAGAGUGUCGCAGAGUGACAACAUGCCAGAGAACCCGGCUUUUGCUGCUACUGAUGGCGAUGAUGGUUGCGGAGCUGCACCGCCAGCACAUACCAAAUUAGACAUACAAAAAUUCCCAGAGGAGUACAAUAAUGGUGGCACGUCAGAUGUUGCUGCUGUUGCUGUUGUCGCUGGCGAGACACAGGCACAAAAUGCAGCAACAAUAAUUUUAACGCCGACAUCAUUAAAUUUAACAAAUACAACACCAAAUGCUCCCCCCGGCGGUGGCGGUGGCAGUGGCAACAACAAUGGCAACAGCAACAGAAGCAACACAGACAAUGGCACGGGUUACAACACAACGCAGCAGGGCGAACACUACAAAGGACCUAAAUGGUGGCGACACUUUGUGCUGCACUGGAGUCUAGUUUCCGAGCACGCUGCUCUGCUGGUGAUAUUCCUAGGACUGUGGGCGCUGGGCUUUGCCCUGCUGCCCGAAUAUGCAAUACCCUCGACGGCCAUCAUGCGCAUCAUAUUGCUGUUUGUGGGCGCCCAGAUAUCGGGCAUUUUGGUGAGCUUUAUGCAUCUGCCGGACAUGCUGGGCAUGCUCUUCUUUGGCGUCGUCUACACGAAUGUGGGACUGGCCAAUUUCGAGGGAUACGAACGCUUUGAGCUCUUUCUGAGAGAAAUGGCUUUAAUCAAUAUCAUGCUGUUAGCCGGCUUGGGACUUGAUGGCAGCGCAUUUAGGCGACUCUGGCUUAUGAUACUGCGACUGACACUUGUGCCGACCAUCGUCGAGGUGGCCAUAAUAGCCAUAUUGGCCUACUACACGCUCUCGAUGCCCUGGCUGUGGGGCAUUGCCUUGGGGCUGGUCAUCACGGCCGUAUCACCGAACGUGGUUGUCACCGUCAUGCUGAAGCUGAAGGAGGAUCGCCUUGGCCUUAACAGCGGCAUACACACGCUCAUCUAUGCCAUGACCACAUGCAACGAUGUUGUGGCCAUCUUUAUGUUUGGCGUCAUAAUCAGCGUCAUAUUCUCGUCAAGCUCGCUAACGCAAAAAGUGCUUCAAGGUCCCAUUGGCAUUGGUAUUGGACUUGUUUUUGGUUAUCUCUAUGGCAUGAUGCUGCACUAUUUGCCGUCUCGCAAUGCGGUCUAUGCGAAUGGUUUGCGCUUUGGCUUGACCAUCUUGGGCGGCACCAUCGCUGUGAUGGGCAGUCGUGUUAUUGGCUUUACUUCCGCCGGUGCAUUGGGCUGUGUGAUGAUGGCUUUUAUUGCCGGCAUCGGCUGGAAGCGGCAGGAGCUGAAGAUGACACCUCAGCAAUUGGAGGCUUAUAAAGUGGCAAGCGUGCCGAAGCGUCUUGAUCUGUUGUGGAAGUUCUUGAAACCGGUUUCGUUUGCGCUCAUUGGCAAGGAAAUCAAUUUCAAUGUUCUCGACGGUCGUGUGUUGGGCUAUGGUGCAUUGUUGGUCCUGCUCGGAAGUUUGUUCCGUUUGGCUUUUGCAUAUUUAUCCACAUAUGGCGGAAAUCUGUCGAGAAAGGAACGUGCCUACAUUACAAUUUCCGGUUUUCCCAAAGCAACGGUCCAAGCUGCCCUGGGACCCGUCGCAUUGGAUCUGGCACGUACUCACAACGUUGACGGCGGAUUGGCAUUGGCCAGCAACGUGCUCAUCAUUUCAGUGCUGGCCAUUAUUUUCACAGCGCCAUUGGGUGCCAUUUUGAUGCUACGUCUUGCGCCAUUUUGGCUUAAACAUGGCGACACCGUCGACACGGCCGAAACGCCAGUGACACCGCCGCCAUCAUCGCCACUUAAUAAUGUCGCCGAACUAACUACAGUAAACACUCAAAAGAGUGCAUAACACUUCAAACUUUGAACUCCAAACUUCGAAAACACUCCACAAAAAGCAUUUUCCUUGGUGGUGGGUUAGGCGCAGUAAUUAGCAUUUCAUUAUGUUUACUUAAUUAAUUAAUUAUUUUUAAUCUCCCUGUGUGUUUUUGUAUUGUACUUACUAAUUUUAUGAACUGUUGUACUUAAUGUUGCCCUUGUCAGCUUACAAAAUAUAUGUAAAUAAUUAAAGGC